CCCGCCUGUCCCGGCCCCGCCGCUCGCUCCGCGCUUUCGCCAUGGCCUUCGCCACCCGCCACUUCGUGCGCGCCGCCUCCUCCGACGCCGCCACGGCGGCCGCCAAGAAGUUGCUCAUCAAGCAUGUCACCAUCAUCGGCGGCGGCCUCAUGGGCGCCGGCAUCGCCCAGGUUGCAGCAGCCAGUGGUCACACUGUGGUGUUAGUUGACCAGUCAGAUGAAAUCCUUAAAAAGUCUACUAAAGGAAUUGAAGAGAGUUUGAAGAGAGUGACAAAGAAGAAAUUUGCAGAUAAGCCUGAGGCUGGUGUUGAGUUCAUUAAGAAGACCUUGAAGAACCUCACAACAAGCACAGAUGCAGCAUCAGUGGUCCACAGCACGGAUUUGGUGAUAGAAGCCAUUGUGGAGAACCUGGAAGUUAAAAAUGAACUGUUCAAGACACUGGAUAAAUUUGCUCCAGAGCAUACGAUAUUUGCAAGCAACACUUCAUCCCUGCAAAUCACAAAGAUGGCAAACGCAACCACCAGGCAGGACCGAUUUGGUGGUCUCCAUUUCUUCAAUCCUGUGCCGAUGAUGAAGCUCGUGGAGGUUAUCAAGACUCCAAUGACCAGCCAGAAGACUUUUGAAUCACUUGUGGAUUUCAGUAAAGCAGUAGGAAAGAGUCCUGUCAGUUGUAAGGAUACUCCAGGGUUUAUUGUAAACCGUCUCUUGGUGCCAUAUAUGAUGGAAGCUGUUCGACUUUUUGAGAGAGGAGAUGCAUCAAAGGAAGAUAUUGAUGUUGCUAUGAAGCUUGGGGCUGGCUAUCCCAUGGGUCCAUUUGAACUGCUGGACUAUGUUGGGUUGGAUACCAGUAAAUACAUUAUAGAUGGAUGGCAUUCAUUAGAACCCAACAAUCCUCUUUUUGCACCCAGCCCACUCCUGAAUAAACUGGUAGAAGAAAAGAAGCUGGGUAAAAAGACUGGAGAAGGAUUUUACAAAUACAAAUGAACUCCAGACCUCAAAAAGUGUUAAACUCUGUAUAUGCUCUUUAGCAUUGCCAUAAUACAGGUGUUUUAACCUUCCCAAGGGUGGCACAAGCUGCAUUUAGAACAUAAGCCACUUGUGAACUGAGUGAUUGCACUAGUUAACUAUGGUCAAAGCUUGAUUUGGUAGAUUGUUUUUUUCUUGUAAUUCCAAAAAGCUUUCUAUGUACAGUGCCUUCAUGAAAUGCUGAUUUUUCUCAGGUGCAGUACAGAAUGACAAGUGAAUUUAUGUAUUUGAAACGUUGAUGGGGAAAAUCAUAAAAAUAACCUCACUUUCUUAAAAAUAAAAUUUUCAACAAUUCUCUGUUGAGUGUGGGGGCUUGCAAUUGUGUCUUGGAUGGAGCCCACAGGGUGGCAGUCUCUUCCCAUGCUGGCAAAUGCAGCCUGGAAAGGCGGUGAGUCGUUUCGUUAGGAUUUUUCUUAAGUGUACCACUAAUCUGUAGAUGUAAAUUACAGUGCCUUGAACAAUGUUUUGAAGGACAUAUUUAAAAAUAAAUAAAGAAUCCCACAAUGGCAGGCUGCUCCCCGAACAGAAGGUUCCCAAUAAAGCAUUUGAAAGCAGA